UAAUUGUGGGGACAAUGCUUACGCAGUCAGUUUGUCAAACGCUUUGGAGAGACACUCGCUCAUACACGGACGACGUUGUCGCAGUCGUCGUUGCCGGCAAAUUUUGAUAAUUCGUUGCUCGAGUGGCAUUUAGUUUCGCCCGCUUUAAUAGAAUAAACAUUUCGAAAGGGAACACACGGUCGGUCGGUCGGUCGGAAGAAAUGAAAUUCCUAAUAUUUGUGGCACUGUUCGGUGUUCUCAUCGGUUACGGUUAUCUUAAGUUCGAUGAAGUGACUCGACCACUCCCCUUACCCAAGUUCGAUACGAACAAAUAUUGGGGACCCGGAGAUGCAGCCAAUUACAAAGAAGAUAAAACCAUUAAACCGUUUGCAAUUAAAAUUCAACCAGAGAUCAUUACCGAUUUACAAAAACAAUUAAACCGCACAUUAAAAUUAACUGAACCUCUGGAAGGUGUGAAAUUCGAAUAUGGCUACAACACCGAGGCAAUGACACAGGUGGUGAAAUAUUGGCGUGACACCUACUUGGCCAAAUGGCCAGAACGUGAGGCUCUGCUAAAUAGUUUGCCACAGUUUACAACUGAAAUUCAGGGAUUAAAAAUCCACUUCAUUCAUGCCAAACCCAGUGCUGAUGCUUUGGAAAAGAAAAAAGUCCUACCUGUACUUUUGUUGCACGGUUGGCCCGGUUCGGUGAGGGAAUUUUACGAUUUCAUUCCCAUUCUGACUGAACCGGCUGAGAUGAGUGACUAUGUCUUUGAAGUUAUUGCACCAUCCUUAGUGGGUUAUGGUUGGUCAGAUCCCGCCCGCAAAGUUGGUUUCAAUGCUGCCGAAAUGGCCAUUGUUAUGCGUAAUCUUAUGCUGCGUCUGGGAUUUGAAAAGUUCUUGGUGCAAGGCGGCGACUGGGGCUCCAUUAUUGGCAGUAAUGUUGCCACACUUUUCCCGGAAAACGUUUUGGGCUACCAUUCAAAUAUGUGCGUGAUGCAAACUCCCCUGGCCAUUAUGAAGAGCAUUGUGGCCAGUUUUAUGCCCGAAAAAUUCCUGCCGUCCCGCUUUUUCCAUGACCAUCACUUCCCGUUAUCGGAAAAAUUGAAAUUCUAUUUGGAAGAAAGUGGUUAUUUCCACAUUCAAGCCACCAAACCCGAUACUAUUGGUACAGCUCUGCUCACUAGCCCAGUUGGACUUGCCUCGUAUUACAUUGAAAAAUUUCAGGCGGCAACUGGCCCGGUCCACAAUCAACGAUUUGAUGCCAUCAGCAAAGUGUUCACAUUCGAUGCGAUUUUGGACAAUGUCAUGAUUUAUUAUCUGACCAACAGUGCCACCACUGCAGGCCGCUUCUACAAGGAGAACAUGCAAAAGGAAUAUUUGGGCUUACAAUUGGAACGUGUCCAAACGCCAGUGCCAAUGGGUUGUGCCCGUUUCCGCUAUGAUUUGCCACCAGCUCUCGACUGGCAGUUGUUGGAUAAGUAUCCAAAUUUGAUCCACAGCAAAUACUUCAAUCAAGUCGGCCACUUUGCCGCAUUGGAGGCACCCGUAAUGCUGUACAUUGAUUUUGCGGAAUUUGUCAAUAAAAUCGAAUUCAAGUAAAUCGAGAGCAUCGGAUGAAAUAUGUUAUUUCUUUAAAUAUUGUUGUUUUUGUUUUGUACAGAAUAUUUAUUGUUUUUUUUUUUUAAUGAUUCAAUUUAAUAAAUGACUGUUUUUGUAUUAA